UCUAGAAUUCUGGCAACCUUCAGGUGCUGAUGCCACAUGUUAUUUCAUUUUUUAUAAGUGUUAUUUGAAAAAGUUUCCAACAAAUUCUUGUUUUUGCUGCACAAGGAGCAGCAAAUAAUUAGUAAACAUGCCCCCAAAAAAGGCGCCCGGUCCUAGCAAAAAGACGGAACAAAAGAAGAAGGAAAAAGUCAUUGAGGACAAAACUUUUGGGCUAAAGAACAAAAAAGGCAACAAGCAGCAGAAAUUUAUUCAGCAAGUGCAAAAGCAAGUUCAAGCCGGUGGCCAUCAUCCGCGUGCCGAUGGUGAUAAACGGAAGGAUGAGAAGGAAAAGAAAUUGGCCGAUCAGCGGGAGAUGGCCAUGAUCUUCAAGCCAGUGCAGACCCAGAAGGUGGAAAAAGGAACCGAUCCCAAAUCGGUGGUCUGUGCCUUCUUCAAACAGGGCAUCUGCACCAAGGGUGAUAAAUGUAAAUUCUCCCAUGAUUUAUCCCAGGAGAAUAAGGUGGAGAAACGGUCCAUCUAUGUGGAUAUGCGUGAUGAUGAUGAUUUAAUGACGAAUUGGGAUGAUGCCAAGCUCAAGGAAGUUGUCGACAAGAAGCAUUCGGAUGAGAAGAGACGUCCAACCACUGAGAUUAUCUGCAAAUACUUCCUGGAAGCUGUGGAGAAAUCAAAAUAUGGUUGGUUCUGGGAAUGUCCCAAUGGUGAAAAGUGUAUCUAUCGUCAUGCCUUGCCGCCUGGUUAUGUUCUCAAGCGCGACAAGAAACUGGAGGUGAAACAAACGGAAAUAUCCCUGGUGGAUCUUAUUGAAAAGGAACGUGCCGCUUUAGGACCCAGCCAGACGCGUGUUACCCUGGAAACCUUUUUGGCCUGGAAGAAACGUAAGAUAGCCGAAAAGAAGGAGAAACUGGCUGCCGAAGAGGAACGCAAGAAGAGUGACUAUAGCAAGGGUAAACAAUUCGGUAUAUCGGGUCGUGAAAUGUUUAGCUUCAAUCCCGAUUUGGUUGACGAUGGCCCCAUUGAGGAGGGUGAUGCUGCCUUCGAUAUUUACCAACGGGAAGAUGACGACGAUGAGAAUGUUAUUGAAUUCAAGGAACUUGAUUUGGCUGCUCUCUCGUUGGCAGCCCAAGAGGUAGAUGGUUCUGGUACCAUAGCCUCAAGUACUCGUCUCCUAGAUCAGGCCGCUGAGGCGGCAAAAACUGCCGCUGCCGAAGAUGGUGCGGCUGCUGCCCAACAAAAUGGUGAAGAUGACAAUGAUUCCUCAUCGUCUACCCCUGCCAACGAUGCUGCCUUCAUCAAUAAGGAUCUCUUUGUUGAUUUGGCGGACGAACUUGAUGAUUUGGAUUUGGAUGAUGUUGAUGAUUAAUUAAUUAGUUUUGGCCCCCCUUAAAAAAAAUGCCAAUUGCUUACUUAAUUCAAUUCAUUACAAAUGAUCCGAAUAUGAAUAAUAAAUAAAUUGUGGCUUUUAA